UUAGUUCACCAGAUGGCGCCGCAACAGCGCUUGUGCCAGGACUUGAAUUGUACGUGCAGUUGAGAAGCUGUGUGUCGGAUCUGAAUAUGAACGCACCAGAAUCAUAGCACCGUUGUCAAGAGAUACGUUGCUAACCUUUUACCUCGAACACACGAGUUAGCUUCGAAGUAGAAGGAAAUACUUGAGUUCUGUAACAUUUUCCAACAAAAACAAUAAGAAAUGUUUAGGCGUUUCUUGAAGUAUAUUUACACAUCAUUGCUGAGGGCGUGGUUAAAGUGGCUCCUCAGGAAAACUACAGGGACUUGUGAGCUGCAGAGGAUUUGCAGUGGAGACAAACCAGGAGCCACAAUGACAAGAAAAGCAGAAUACUCUCUCCAGUCAUCUAAAAAUAAAGUUUUGAGAGGAGCUUUGGAAACAAGCAAGGAAAAUGUAGCGAAACAUGUGGAUCAGAUUAUGAAAGAGAAGGAAAUCAAACCCCAUUCAGAUCACCUAUUUAAGGCAAACCUGUACAUCUGCCUGCUGCAGAUAUCAGGAUACAACAGACUGUAUUUUUGUGUGGAAGACUUGAGGAUGGAGGCCUUCAACUCGGAUAAUCCAAAACACGAGGCCAUGCUGCUAAAGCUUUGGGACUUGUUGAUGCCAACAGUGAAACUGGAGUCCAGGGUAACGAAGCAGUGGGGAGACAUCGGCUUCCAAGGAGACGAUCCAAAGACGGAUUUCAGAGGAAUGGGCCUGCUGGGUCUCAUCAACCUGCUCUUUUUCAGUGAAAACUACACGGCAGAGUCUCGCCAGGUGCUGUCUCAUGCAAACCAUCCCAAACUGGGGUAUUCAUAUGCUAUAGUUGGGAUCAACCUGACAGAAAUGGCAUACAGCCUGCUGAAGAGCGGCGCUCUGAAACCACAUUUCUACAAUUCAGUCCCAGGUCCUCCGGAGCUCAAGGACUUCCACCAGUUUUACUGUUAUCUUGCGUAUGAGUUUGAUAAAUUCUGGGUUGCCGAGGAGCCAGAGAGCAUCAUGCACUUCAAUCAAUACAGAGAAAAAUUUCACAACAUAGUGAAGACUCAUCUGCAGGACCCUGACGUGUCUCUCACACUGAAUGUCGCUUGCAAUUAGUGUGUUUCGACGCAUUUCUCCUUGUUUACGUCCCAGUUGGAUCUGAUUGAAGGAAGCGGGAUUAUCAAAGAAGACCCUCAACAACAAGCAAACUAUAAAUUGAACUUUUUCAGUUUCUUUAGUGAUACUUUAGUGGUGCCCAGUCAACCUUCGUCCAAAACGACGACUAUUUUCCACAUGCAGCACAAACCCGAACGCCUGUACCUCCGAAAAGUGACCAUUCCAGAGACUGUUCAGAGAAAUGAGAACUGCUGCCGAAGACUCAGGUGGAGAUCAUGACUCAUGAGGUUUUAAGCACCUUGGUGAUCAAAUUUUAACAUAAAAAAAAUGUAAUUACCAUGUUUCCUUGUGUUUGAGGUGUCUGUGUUGUGACAGUUUUACCCUCAGGCUAUUCAUGUUUAUGACCUGAGCUCAUGACUUAAACAUAAAACAUGGUGCUCCAUCAUGCGUGGUUUAAUAUCUCCCCACUUGUGUCACGCUUGCACCCUGUUUUCAGUCUUUUUAUUUACCAAGACUGAGUUUUUAAUGCUUCAGUGUGCAAUUGUGAGAAACUUUCUGCUUGAAGUCAAUAAAUUUCACAUUUGAGUUAAAAA